UGUCCUGAGGGCUAUUCUUCAGCCUAAAGUACCUAUAAUAGUGUACUUUAGUUCAUACCACACAGCCCCAGCUAAGCUAAAUGACCACAGACAUGAAGCUCUACAGUAUUUGCCUAAAAGCUUUGCUGUUCUUCAUCUUCCUCAUCCUCUGCAACACCUCAGGUGGAUCAGGUGAAAGUACACUGAGCAAGAUACUGAAGAAAAGGGAUGUCCUGAGCAGAACCGCAGACGGACUCGUGGUCUCUCAAGUAAAAGCUAAGGAAUUCCUGUCGGCUCCCCGGAGACCUCGGAGAAACCUGUGGGACCGCAGCCGUCCAGACGUGCAACAGUGGAUCCAGCAGUUCAUGCACAUGGGUUACGACGAGGCUAGGCUUGAGACAGAUCUCGCGUACUGGAUGGACCAAGCCAAAGCUAACGAUCAGGGUCGGCAGCAUCAUUAUGAUGAGAAUGCUGCAAUGGGACCGCGGGAUGCCGGCGCCUUCAGACACGGAGCCAAUGUCAACUAUGAUUAUUAUUAAUCAUAGCCUCCCAAUACUGAAUGAUUUAUAUGAGAACUAAAAGAUGCUCUUUAUAGUUCUCAUAUAAAUCUAUACAUUGUUAUAUAGGUCAAUGUCUAGUGAGGAGUCCAUUUUGAUAGUGGGACUUUUUUAAUCAAUUUUUUAACAAAUAAUAAUAAUAAUAAUAAUAAAAAAGCAUUACAGAAUGAUUUAAUAAAGCCAAUAUGAGAGAAAUUUCAUCCACACUUGUGCUUUGUGUUUAAA